AUGCCCAAGAUUGCAAAAAGUCCACUUGCAGUUGAUGAGCGUCGCUCAAAAAUGUUCCGCAAACUCUUUGAUAUCAUUCCUGUUGUGGAGGAGGUGUUCGCUGCUAUUGGCAGAGGUGGAAGCUUUGAUCAGAAAGCAUUGUUUGAAGUAACUUACAGGAGUUUCAACUGUAGUAUGAUUAGUUAUACCUGACUGCAUGGAGGUAAACUCCAGAUAGACAAUGUCCAGCAACGAGAGACAGUUAUUUGCAGUUGAUCUGCUAUAACGUGCUGUGUAUGGUGUUUUAUUAACAAGGGGAGAGGAAGGGGAGAGGUCACCAGCACCUUAGGACCCCUCACAUUACAGAAUACUUUCUAUUGAUCUUCGUCAACGGUAAAAUUGCAGUUCCCAUGACUAUUUGUGGGCUCACAAAGGAUUGCCGCGGCAUUUCGUGUCCUUUGACUCUCUCAGUGAAGUGUUAGCUUAUUCGUUUCCAUGAUGGAAAGUUAACUUAAGCAAAUCGAUAAUUCAAAGCUUUUGUGCUACUGUCUCCUUUUAUUAGGAAAUGCAAUCGCUCAACUUGUUAAUUAUUUUGACUUUAUAAAAUAUUUUAAGUAUUUAAGCCAGCGGAAUGCAUAGAAUUCCAGAAAAACAAAUGUGAAGUUGAAUGGUUUUAAAUUGCGCUAGAAGUUGUUUUGAUCAGUAUGCAAAUUACUGCUAUCUAUUGUUUCCAUCAAACUAAAAUAGCCUGGCUCUUUUACGACUUUUUGAUUUGCUUUGUUUCAUUUUAUAUUUUUUUGUGAAUCAUAAUUCUUUCAUGUGAAUUUAUGCUUUCAAAAGGAAAACAACUUUGAGGAAAUGUUGCGUUUACAGCCACAGCGAUACAUGUCUAUUUCACUUCACUUGCUCUUAUACACAAAUUACCCUAAAUCAUUCAGUGGAUUUGGGUUUGACCUCACCAACCUAUUGUAGCUUGUUUUUUUUGUGUGCACAACCUCCUACAACCAUUGCUCAUAUUAAAACUCCAAAAUUGUCGUAGCCCUUUAAAUGUACAUGUAUACAACUGGAAUCUCUAGUAAUUUUACAGCCACCUCUUAUAAGCAACUUGAACCACUUUCUAACCUUUUUUCGUGUAUUCCAUUGUUUUUAAACUCUUUAAGUAGCUGUUCAAUGCAUAGACUGAUCUCUUUGUUCACUGUAUAUAAUACUACACUACUCAGCCUAUAAGAUACAAAGAACUUUUUUUAAAGUGACAACAUCCUCUAUAUACUUGCAAGGCAAAUCUACCCAGGCGGCCUUAAGGAGAUAUUCAUUGUGUGAAGCAAAUUACCUUUUUUAUUGGUUUUGUUUGCAGUACUAUGCAUGGGCUGUCAUCAUGUGAGGAGAAUGUCAUCACUUGUAAAUGUUGAAAAACAAGGGAAAGUCGCUGUCCUAGAGCUGAACAGAAAGCCAGUUAACAGCUUUAGUUUAGACUUUUUACAGAAAAUAAAUGAAAAUUUGGAUCAAAUAGAAAAUGAUCAAGACUGCUGUGGAAUUAUCAUCACCUCUGUAAGUAACAUUUAGUCAAAUAACAAGCCAAUUAGUAAUUUAGGUAGUAUACAUGUAGCCAAGUAAAGUUUAUGUAAUACUAUAGAUAGCAAUGACAGAUCUUAAUUUAAGGUGAUUAAACUUGACGACAAAGAGUCUCUCCAACCUGAUAUAUACCUCUAGAUUGUUGUAGUUAAAAUUUUUCUCCUGUGUGACAUUUUGAGGUGAGUGAAAAGGAUGCUCUAUUCUGUGAUUAAUGAUGCAGUUCAUUUUGCUAAUAAACAGUAAAUCUGUUAACACAGUCAUAAUGGUGAAAAGGGGGAAACAGUGCUCCAUUGCAUGGCAAGCAAUUUCCAUCAUCAGGGUUUACAAUGUAUUUCCCUGGUGCUACAGUAUUUUUGAAGAUCUGUGCCAGAUCCGACAAGUCAGGCAGGUUCAAAACUUAAAUUGUUACAACGGCUAUUUUACUCCUCAUGGUACUUACAAGCUGAAACCUCCAGCCCGUGUGCCAGCACUUGCAUCUUAAGAAUACAUGACAAAAUUCAAAAUUUUCGUGUAAAGAAUUUGGAAAUAAUUUCUGUCAUAAGCUAUAAAGCUUGGGGAAGUUGGUGGAGAGUGGCCACCAGCUGCACUUACAUAGCACUUUAUGGAGCCUUUGUCAGGGUGAUGGACAAAACACUGACCCCCCAGUCCUUGACCCUUUGUCAGUGACAAAAUCAAUAUUUAAUCAGGGCCUUCCCAAAGUAUCCUCUACUGGCCUUGAUCUUGUGAAAGAAGUUUACAAGCCUUCUAGUGAGAAGCAACUUUCAACUUUUUGGCAAGCUUUCCAGGAGAUGUGGUUCGCGUGUAUGGCUCAAGACUACUCACUGUUGCUGCAAUAA